AUGACCUUCAGGGCAGUUGCUCACCAGGGUCAAACUCCUCGUCAGUCCUGUGCGACUCAGCAAUACCUUUCACUCCCUCUAAACCUUCCCGUCGCGUCACACGCUCGUUGGCUGCUCGCGACGAUGAAGAUGAUGACGAUGCUCUUCCACUGCGAAAGCGCAGACGCCAUGACCAUGCAGCUCUGUCCAGCUCUGCGACUGCUUCGCCAGAUCCCGAAGCCUCAAGCAGUGACGAAGAAGAGGACGUGGUUCAGCAACAGGAGAGCGAUGAAGAAGGAUCGCAAUCGAUGCACCCGAGAGUCAACUGGUGGAGACCAUCAGCAGCUCUGGUUCCCCAAGGACGACGUCACAUCGGCGGAAAAGCGCAAGCGUUCAAGUCCCGCGGCGCGGGUCAACGGCCGCUGGAGGAGCGACUUCGAUCCUUCCCCGGACGGCGACAUGCCCGAGAUCAUCGCAGGUGUCACGCAGAACGGCAAGACGCUGAUCAAGGUCCUCGCCAUCGUCGUGGGGCACCUGCUGGGCGUCUGUUCCAUCAUCAUCUCCACCACCAAGAAGUGCCGCGGACUCCCUCAGAAACAAGAUCGACUGAGAAGUACCUCUAUCGUGACCUGCAUCCAAAGCUCCAACCCAACAUCAAACUGGCACAUCAGCGAGCUCGACGAACACGGGUAUGGGCCCCAGCCCAUGUGCAACUUCCUCCGGAAGCAUGGCUGUCUUUUCAUCAACGACACCUCCAGGCAGAUCUCCAACGCCUCUCGCACGAUUGAUAAGGCUCGUGCCCUCUUCCAGCUCAUCCUGGAUGAAGCUGACUCGUACUAUCGCCGCAGCUCCAACCCCAUCCAGCUCGAGCUGGCACUCGAAAACAUCCAGGCCAAGAUCAGACCUAUCUUGCGCUGGAGAGUGUGCGCGACGUUGAUGCCUGUCUUCCUUCAUCUCAAGGACAAGCAGAUGGGCAAGCUCGAGGACAACGGCUUCCAGCACGUCACGGUCCUCACGUACCGUCCCCAGGACUUUGACUCGGCGCAGGCCCACCCUCAAUGGCUGUCGGAGUUGCUGGAGAAGAUCCGAACGCCGCGGCAGCAGAUCGGAGAGGUCACAUCGAGCUCCGCGAUCUAG